UAAGCGCUGCUUAACAAGGAAUGUGGGUGAAAGGCAGAUACCCUGCAGAGUCUGAUGUGAGCUAGGGUCAGAGUGAGAAGUAGAAUGUAUUCUGUUGGGCAACAUCUUUCCUAACAGUCCACCUUUCCUCUUGAUUACUUGAAAACAGGUUGUGGCCAUGCUUGCUUAUUGUCUUUUCUCCCGGAAUCCCUCUCUGGCUAAGUCCGUUUAUUUGCAGUAUGUCUCUUGUCUAAAGGCUCUUGAUUUAAAGAACUUGUUUACUUGCUACUGGAACACAUAUGUUAAAAAGACCUGCCCAAGUCUAAAGACUAGAAACAAGGCUCGAGUCUCUAAACUCGCAUCACUCCCUGCCUUGCAGAUUUUCAGUUAUGGGAUGAUUGCCAAGGACACAUAAUAAAACAGAGCUCAUGAAUAAAUAAAGUGUAUUCCACUAACCUGUGGAUAUUUUAUCUUGCCUUUGCCCCAUCUAUUUGUUCUUAUUUCUUGCUCUUCACCCAGUUUUUCUAUUUAGCUUCUUUCUCCUUUUCUAGAGUUUGCUUUCUCCUUUUUAAUUUAUGACAUCAUCCUAUUUUCUUCCUGUAUUGCCUAUUUACUUCCUGAGGAGGAAAACACCCCCAGGAAACCAGGCAGGAUGCUGUCUGUUUGCCCUUGUUUUCUGGUUCUCUGUGGAGGGCCAGAUCCUGUGCUGAUAGGAACUGUCCUUGACCUGUUCCAGUCAAUGGUUCUGCAGCAGUUAAUGUCAGGUAAUCAUCUCUUCCAAGGUGUAACCCCAGUAUGCUUCUCCAUUCUUUACCAUUUAUUCUUAUGCCCUGUUUCCUUCUAACCCCUUUUAUUUUUCUAUUAUUUACUGAUGCUUCUUCCCUUUAUAGUCUACUUUCCAUUUUAUUUGAUCUUGUUCUAUUCUGUCUUUUCUUACCAUCAUUCAUAACAUCUCUUAAGUCCUAACGGUAGUGUGUUAAACUGGUGUUAUCUGUCAUUUGUGGAUAACUUGCUCAUUUUUUCUUAGGAAGGCAUUCUGUAUGUGACAGUUGCUUGUAAUGGUUUUCUUUGUUUUUCAUUUUGCUCUGGAAGAGAUGACUUCUAAAAUAUUUAUCUUUCUUGUAGAGGGAGAUAAGGCUGAUCAUGUUGGUCUUUAGUUUCUGAGGGAGCUUAUUCCACACUCAUGAUCUUGUUUUCAAGAGAGAUUUGUCUUCUGGAAAGAAAAGCUUUAUCACUUAUGUUAGAAGGUACCAUUGUGGUCACUGUUCUUGUUCUGGAGCUUAGUUUACCCUGGAUUCAGGCCACUUGCUGUGUUAUAGAUAAAGCCUGAGACCUUGAAGUUCAUGCACUAUUAGGAAAGGAGCUGGGCUAAGUCUGGAGUAAGCAUGGUGUCCUCUGUGGUUUUGUUGGUAAAUGUUGGUAUAUAGGAUUGUGAAAGCCUUCACUCAUUUCAGCCUGUCUAAAUUGUUUCCCUCACUGAUACCUGUUCUGCUAGGUGCUCCCAAUGUCUUUGGUCUUAGCAUGAUUUUCUUUCUCCAUCCCUUCUACUCUGCACUGGAGUGGCCUCAUCUGGAGCACUGUGCAGUUCUGGGCACCGUAGCAUAAAAAGGAUAUAAAGCUACUGGAGAAUGUCCAGAAGAGGGCUAUGAAGUUUGGUGAAGGGUUUGGGGUGGAAGCUGGAUGAGGAGUGACUAAAGUCACUUGGUUUGUUUAGCCUGAAGAAGAGAAGGCUAAGAGGAGACCUCAUCACAGUCUACAGCUUCCUCACAAGUGGAGCAGGAGGGCAGGUGCUGAUCUCUUCUCUCUAGUGACCAGUGACAGAACCCAAGGGAAUGGCAGGAGGAUGUGCCAGGGGAGGUUUAGGUUGAACAUGAAGAAAAGGUUCUUCACCCAGAGGCUGCUGGAGCACUGGAACAGGCUCCUCAAAGACGUGUCACGACCCCAAGCCUGACAGUGUUCAAGAAGAGAUUGUACAAGGUCCUCAGACACAUGGUGUGAAUUUUGGGGUUGUCAUAUACAGGGACAGAAAUUGGACUUAAUGAUCCUUGUGGGUCCCUUCCAACUCAGGACAUUCUAUGAUUCUAUUCUAUGAUUUCUUUAUCUGCAAGCUCUCUGGCUCAUCUUCUCACCCUUCACACCAAAGUGCCUUAUCCAUUUUGCCUUCUCAACCCUGUCAGGUGAGUGGGGACUGAGAUGAGAGAUCUUAUUUUACCAGCUCUUGUAGCUGCUGAGGAACUGCUGGGAGGUGGCACAAGAGGAGGCUGUUACAGCUCAGCCCUUUGGAUUCUCCUCUGUUCAGAGCAGCCGCAUGCCCUGACUGCAGACAUCAGCCUGACUUCAGUUUGCUCUGUGUCUGUUGCCAUCUCUACCAGGUAUCCACAGUUACUUGCUGAGGCAAAAUUUCUGUGGAAGUUCCAUCUCUGGAAGCUGUUGUUCCCAGAAAUGACAUUUCAACAUCAACUUCUCAGCAUCACUGUUGUGGCUGUGGCUAUGCUGUGGCACAAUAGGAAGAGCUUCUGCAACUGACCAAGGUCAUAAGAGAGUUGAGACUCUCCAGGUUCAAUGUAAUCUCAUUGGGCACCAGCAGUGGAACUCUUCUGUUCAAAAUGGUUUAUGGUGAAUUUUUUCGCAGACAUGGCAAAGAUGCAGAACUUAUCAAUUUGAACGUGGGUGGCUUUAAGCAAUCAGUGGAUCAAAGCACUUUGCUCCGAUUUCCCCAUACCAGACUCGGGAAGCUUCUCAAAUGCCAUUCAGAAGAGGCUAUUCUAGAACUGUGUGAUGAUUAUAGCGUUGCGGACAAGGAAUAUUACUUUGACAGGAAUCCUUCCUUGUUCCGAUAUGUUCUGAAUUUUUACUAUACAGGCAAACUUCAUGUAAUGGAAGAACUAUGUGUCUUUUCCUUCUGCCAGGAAAUAGAAUACUGGGGGAUAAAUGAGCUGUUUAUUGAUUCCUGCUGCAGCAAUCGGUACCAAGAAAGGAAAGAAGAAGGUCCUGAUAAAGACUGGGAUCAGAAGAGCAAUGAUAGAAGUAUAGACUCCUCUAAUGAAGAGUCAUCCAUAUUUGAUAAAGAGCUGGAAAAGUUUGACAAUCUGUGUUUUGGUGAAAUAAGAAAGAAGAUCUGGGUCAGGAUGGAAAAUCCUGGAUACUGCUUGUCUGCCAAGUUAAUUGCCGUGUCUUCCUUGAGUGUUGUCCUGGCAUCAAUCGUGGCCAUGUGCAUUCACAGCAUGCCAGAGUUCCAAAGGCUGGAUGCCAAUGACAGAGAGAUUGAAGACCCUGUGCUGGAAGCUGUGGAGAUCACGUGCAUCAUCUGGUUCACUGCUGAGCUAGUGAUCAGGCUCAUCACUGCUCCCAGUCAAAAGAAGUUCUGGAAGAAACCCCUGAAUAUCAUUGAUUUUGUCUCUAUUAUCCCAUUUUAUGCCACAUUGGCUGUGGACACCAAGGAAGAAGAAAGUGAAGAUAUUGAAAACAUGGGGAAAGUGGUUCAGAUUCUGCGGCUAAUGAGGAUAUUUCGCAUCCUAAAACUGGCCAGGCACUCUGUAGGACUGCGGUCUUUAGGUGCCACUUUGAGACAUAGCUAUCAGGAAGUUGGACUUUUGCUUUUGUUUUUGUCUGUUGGGAUUUCUAUUUUUUCAGUGCUUGUCUACUCAGUGGAGAAAGAUGAUGACUCAUCAGAACUGCACAGCAUCCCUGUUUGCUGGUGGUGGGCAACCAUCAGUAUGACCACUGUUGGUUAUGGGGACACUUACCCAGUCACACUUGCUGGGAAGCUGCUUGGCACCCUAUGCAUUAUCUGUGGGAUACUAGUGGUAGCACUUCCAAUCACUAUUAUUUUCAAUAAGUUUUCUAAGUACUAUCAAAAACAAAAAGCUAUUGAUCCAGACCAAUGCAACAAUGAUCGCAAAGAGAAAAGUAAUGACCUACCUUAUUUUAACAUUAGGGAUAUUUAUGCAAAAAAAAUGCACUCCUUCAUUUCUAGCCUUUCUUCAGUAGGAAUUGUGGUCAGUGACCAAGAUUCAACAGAUGCCUCCAGCAUCCAAGAUAUGGAGGAUGUUUAUAACACAACAUCUUUAGAGAAUGGUACAGGAAAAUGAGUUAAAUCACAUUCUCUUCCCUUUAUUUCUCCUCUGAUUCUUGGUAAAUGUGGACUUACAAACUUCAGUGAAUUUAUUAAGAACAGUUAAUUCUCAGGGUACUUAACUCUCAGCCAUAUUUGGACGUUCUUUGCUCUGAGGAUGCCAUAAAAGCUUCAUUGUUUAUAUGAGGCUUUCAAAUAUGCCUCAUAUGGUGGUUUAGUUUUUACACAAAUACUGUUAUGCAUUUUUUGGGAGAAAAAGUCAGGUAAACAGUUUUAAAUGUGAGAUUAGUGUUUGUUUGGGUUUGUGGUGUUUUUGUUUGUUUGAUUGGUUGUUUUUUUUCCUUGCAGCAAUCGGACAGCUUACACAGAAUCUGCUUUUAUAGUUUGCUGCUGUUCAGAUAUAGAUAUAUUACAAACGUGUAAGAACUAUCGCAUAAGUCAGUGAAGUUUUUACCUGCAAAUACAUCAGGAAAAAGAAGAAAUUACGUACAUGUAAAACUAUGCUCACUAACACACUUAUGUAAUCUUGGAUUUGGGAACCCAUUUCCUAAGCUGGAACAAAAAAAAUAUACUAGUACAUAUUGUUUUUACUCCAUGGAAGCAUAAUAUUUAAGAAUUUCUUUCCAAAAGCACAAUACAUCUUUAGUUUGCUAAAAUAUAUUAAUCCCAUUGUGCCUAUAUUUGUUCCCAGUGUCCAGCAUGACCGAGUUCUAUCAGGUCCUAAAAUCAUGAGCCCCAGGAUGAAAUGUCUGGCAUUGAGCUGGACAAGAGCUUAUUGUACCUUUUAGCCGUCUCUUCUGCCAUUGCGAACCUAACCAAUUCUGGUGCCUGGAGAGGGUCCUGCUGUGAUUGGGAUCAUCCUGGUGGCUUCCCCAGGGGGUUUGUUUUGUGGGCACUGAAACAAACGUCUGUGGUGGUCUUCAGAGGUUAUUGCCUCCUGAACACAUGUAUGAAGCUAUUUCAGCUCCUUUUUCUAAAGCUCAUCUGUUGGUGAUGGCAGCUUUCCUGGUUUGUACUAGGGGCUGGAGCGUUGCUCAUUGCCUGGCAGGGUGCUGCAGAUCUGUGUGCUCCUCUCCAGGUAUUUCUUAUGUGGCCAGCUAGUCCUGCUCUGAUUCAAACUGGAUCUUCUAGGAUGGUCAAAAGGAGAGCCAGCCCCUGAGCCUAACAUAAAGGCAUGCUGGAGAAACUCCAGGACCUUAUAGAAGUCCAUAGUGUUUCGGGACACUCAUUUGCUUUCAUUUAUCUAGUGACUAAAUUAGAUGCUGGGCAAUAGAGGAUCGAAGAUACUGUGAUGUUGAUAUUUUCCUUAAAGAGAGGCUUCACUUUUAUUUUUAUUUUAUUUUUUAAUUAUUGGGCCAAAUGGUAAAGCUCUUACUGAGUUUCUACUCAGUUAGAUCAAACUCAGUAGGAGUUGACUUCAAGACUGGGUAAAACCAGAAGAUGGCAAUCGAUUUUAGCCUCUGCAGAGGGUUGAUUUUUCAGGUGUCUGCCAGGCUUUCUAUUAAAAAAUGCAUUAAGCAAGUAGCUGAGGUGCCCUUAUAUUUACUGAGGCACAGACCUCCAACCUCUUUCUGAGAUGGAGAAACAAAUAAGGGUAGGAUGGAUCAACCUAUACCUCAGAAAGAGGUGUCCUGCAGGACUGCUGUGCACCAAUAUGGUGAUGCGGGACUUAAAGAGAGUACUUUGAGCUUUGGAGAAAUUUCAAAUUUGGGCUUAUUACUUGCUGAGUGUCCUAAGUGUAUGUGAUGCUUCACAGAUAAUUAAGGUUAAUUCUUCCCAUAGUUAGUGCAAGAAUACCAAAAGGGAAAGUUAGCCUAAAUGUGUUUUGUUCUUACUGAACAGUUAAUGUUAUAAAGAUGCAAUGAUAUCAAAUAUUGAAUAUGUAUGUGUGUAUGAAUCAAAUAGGAACCAGCAACUGUCUUGGUAGUCUCUGUGUAAAGAUAUAAUACAUUGCCAUUAGUUCAAAAUCUAUGAAAAAUACUGUAAUUAAACAAAUACUGUGAAAAAUUUAUAUUAAAUGGUUGAAGAAA